AUGGGAAUCCUCUUCUCGCGUCCAGGUCGCGAGACAUCGGCUCUGCCCCCUGGCGCUUUUCACGCAGGCAAUCUCUCAUCCAUCAACAGCUCAUCCAUUGGUCCGUAUCUCGGAUACAACACCGGCCUGUACGAAGCCAACCCCCCGCCGAUACCCUUUGAAUGGAUCAUAUCGCCCAAAACCAUUGACGGAUCGUGCCCAAAUGGCGCUCAGAUCCUGACGUGGUUCGGUGUCACGGAGGCCGUCAUUACUGUUCUGGCACCACUUUUUGCGUACCGGCCCUUUGUCUACUGGAUUACCCGCGGAAGGCUUGGAAGACGUACCAAGAACCGCAUCGCCAUCACAUGGACGACAACGUUUGCCUGCCAGCUCGUGGCCAGCGCUAUUGUUACUGGUAUAAUGGGCAACACGCCAGGUUACGAGUCUUUGAACAUGUCGCAUGUUUUCGCUGUCCUCAUAUCACGGCCCCGAUUCUACCCCAUAGUCAUCGCACUGUUGCGCUGCGUUGUCACCGUCAAGCGUACCCGAGACUACGAUAAAACCAUGAUCAUCAAACGCAGCGUCGAUGACCGUAUCGAGUUCCCCUACACAGACGCCUGGAUCACAACAAGCUUCUCAGAGCUACUGCUACUCCUCAUAUCCGCCAUAUUCACUGGAGUAACGUGGAAUCGUCUCCCAUCGGACAGCAAAGUACGCGAGUACACAUCGGACCACGUGAGCUUCGUAUCGAGCGCCCCGGGGAUCAUGUUUCUCUGUAUGCUGGCUUUCGUGCCGGUAUACAAGCGCUACGGCGAGGCGUACCCCAUUGAAGGACGACGAUAUGAGACCGGAAGACAUUGGGGCGUGACGAUAAGCAGCGAUGGCAGGACAAAGAUCGGCGUCAAAAAGGGCAACAACAAAACUUUGGUCAAGAGAGGAGCCAACGCCGUGUGCGCAGUGCUUCUCAUGGGCUAUAUUUGUCUGUGCCAGUGGGCGUAUUGGACCAGAAUUCUCGACAUGUCAGGCGUGCUGUUCUGCCCCCCAAAGAUGAUAGAGUCUGGGGUUGUCUGGGUGGUUUUCACGUUGGUUGGGCUGUUGGCUGGAGCUGCCUCAUAA